AAGGACCCGUAUAGUAUAUUGAUGAAAACGUUAGCCCCUGAAAGGAUAAUAUCAAGUUCGGUCCACACUUUAGACACCUGCAAUCCAGUGUUUUGUAAUUAUCUCAGCAUCAUUAUCGACGAAAAUCUAAUAGUGGAUAUGAAAACAGGUGAAGUUAAAAUUGUGGAUUUCGGUGCGGCUGCGUUGGCCGAAAAGGCGAUGAGGAAGGAGUUCCAAGGCACCCGAUCGUACUGUCCUCCCGAGUGGUUCAGACAGUUACAGUACCUUCCAUUAGAGGCUACAAGUUGGUCUUUGGGUGUACUACUAUUCAUUCUCGUCACUGGACAACUGCCAUUUAAGAAUGAGAUUCAGAUAUGUUUGGGACGAGUAAAGUUUCCCUCCCACGUUUCAAAAGAGUGCCGUCAAUUAAUCAAAUCCUGCCUGACAACGUCUGCAGGUUCACGUGCAGGGUUCAACACAAUCCGGCAGCACCCGUGGUUGAACAAGAAAAUUCCAGUGCACAAAGAAACAUUUGAAACGGUCCUAGACAGGAUUACCAUUUUCAGUUCUGAGAUAACCGCGAAAACGCCAGUGAAAAGCGUGUCGGCAUACAAUCUAUCCAGCCGUACUCGUAGGCGAUCGAUGGUUUUCAAGCCAUUCGAUCGAGAACUUGACACUGUACUCGAACAUACAACACCGGAACAAUGGAUGAUGUCGUCUACAGAGUCGGAGGAUGAUCAGACACUUACCAUGGAAAACUCAGAGAUUGCAACAACAAGGAGGACUAAGCUAAAUCUACCAGCUGCGACUUCACCGACACGUAUAUCUAGACAUCGACCGUUAAAAGUUAUGGUUAACAGGGCAUCAUUGGCAAUAUUCGAAGUGUCACCUUAUCCAUCACUAACUGAAGUAAAGUAA